CGAUUGUUUCGUUUCGAUUCGAUUGUCACGUACGAUACCGUACCGUUGAAGAUAUUAAUUAUUUGUAACAAUGGCUGUACCGGAUUAUAAACUUAGUGCAGUUUUAUAUGGCCAUUCCUUAGACGUGCGAUGUGUGGCGAAGACCAAAGAAUCCUGUAUAUUGUCUGCCUCUCGCGACCGAACCGCUAAAUUAUGGCACCCUGAAGGGGUUAAAGAUUUCAUCAACGCAGUCACAUAUAAAGGGCACAGAAACUUCGUUUCAUGUAUUUGUUGGCUGCCGCCUUGUGAAGCUUUUCCGGACGGCAUCGUAGUGACCGGCAGCAACGACAAUACAGUUUUAGGCUAUAACUUGCAAGAUGGCAGCAUCGUGCUGACCCUGGAAGGUCAUGAAAACGCCGUGUGUAGUGUUACACCGGGUUCUGACUCAGGAAUUUUGUUAAGUUCAAGUUGGGACAGCACAGCUAAGGUAUGGAAUGUGAACAAUCCCCAUGCCACUCCUGUAACAUUGAAGGGACACCAGGCGGCAGUGUGGGCAGUGGUGGAGCUGGGUAAUGGGACAUAUGCCACAGCCUCGGCUGAUAAGACCAUUAAGCUGUGGAAAAAGGAUGGAUCUCUUAUAACCACACUGGCAGGUCACACUGACUGUGUCCGAGGGCUGGCCGUGGCUGGUCCAGACUCGUUUCUGAGCUGCUCCAAUGACGCCUCCAUCAGACUGUGGGCUAACAAAGGAGAGUGCCUUAACACUUAUUAUGGACAUUCUAAUUAUAUUUAUAGUAUAAGCAUUCACCCGGGCCUGAACGGCUGGGCGACGUGCGGCGAGGACGGCUCGGUGCGGCUCUGGUCCGCCGGGGACUGUGUGCGCGAGAUCCGCCUGCCCGUGCAUUCUGUCUGGAGCGUCGCUUGCAUGGACAAUGGAGACGUUGUUACUGGUUCCAGCGACGGAUUAGUCCGCGUUUUCACCAAAGACCCGGCGCGCUACGCCGACGAGGCGACGCUCAAGCAGUUCGAAGAAGACGUUGAGAAGCUGGCAGCCGCCUCGCAGCAGGAGAUCGGAGGGUUCAAACUUUCUGAAUUGCCCGGCCCAGAAGUCCUACUGGAGCCCGGCAAAACGGACGGUCAGACCAAACUGGUCCGUCGCGGCACCAACGUGAAGUGCUACUCGUGGAACGCGGCCGCCAGCAGUUGGGACGAGAUCGGCGACGUCAUGGGAGCCAACCCGCCCACCGAGGGCAAGACCAUGUUCCAGGGGAAAGAGUAUGACUUCGUGUUCAGCGUGGACAUCAAGGACGGCGCUCCGCCGCUGAAGUUGCCGUUCAACAAGACCGAGGACCCCUGGGUCGCCGCACAAGCCUUCAUACACAAAAAUGACUUGCCUCAAGCAUACUUGGAACAAGUAGCAAACUUCAUCAUCACGAAUGCCAAGUUGGAUUCACUGCCUGCUUCAAGUAAUGGGCUGUUCGACCCGUUGACCGGCGAGUCGCGCUACGUGCCGGGAUCGGAGGCGCGCGCGACGGGGCUGCCCGCGCCGGCCGCCGCCGCCGCCGUCGACCCCUUCACCGGCGCCGGCGCCUACUCCACCGCGGCGGCCGCGAGGACGCAGCCAGUCUCACAGUCCGACGAGAAACCGCUCAUCCCGCACGACGCUUACAUCAGAUUCGAUCAAGCGAACUUAACCGCGAUCCACGACAAGCUAAAAGAAUUCAACAGUAAGGUUGGCGAUGGAUUGAGCGCCCUGACUGAACGACAACUAGCUGAUAUUGUUAAAUUAGGUGAACUGAAUAACACAUAUAAUCCAGAAACGAUAGCAUUAUUGAAGAAAACUUUAGAAUGGCCAAAAGAAAUCCUCUUCCCGGUAUUGGACGUGACGCGGCUAGCAGUUAGAAAUAAAGAAGUCAACGGUCAAAUAUUCGACACGACGUAUGGACCGGAUUUCGUCAAAUACUUAUUGACUUUGUUAGCUCCAGGCAAUAUCCCGGCGAACCAAAUGCUAGCGAUGCGCGUGCUAGUGAACGCGUUCAGCGACCUGCCCGGCGAGAUGCUUGUGCUAGCCGCCCGCGAGUCCGUCGCGCACUGCAUCAUCUGUCUCACGCAGCUCAGCGCCAACGCGCAGAUAGCGGCGGCGUCUCUCCUAUUGAACUUGUCGGUGGCGCUGGCGCAGCAGAGCGACUCCGCCGACCUCGCCGACUGCAUCCUCAACCUGUUUAGCAAGAUUACUGACAAUGAAGCCUAUUUCAGAGGCUUAGUCGGUCUCGGGACGCUCCUGGCCGAAGCGCCAAACCGCCUCGUGAUCCAGACCAAGAUCGUGUCCAACACCGCCGUGCACAACCGCCUCAAGCGGGACAGCGGCGACGCCAACAAGGUCGCCGUGUGCUCCAGGCAAAUCCUCAGCCUUUUAUAAUAUUGACAAGCAUUAGUAAAUACUAACUUAUAAAUAUGGGAUCGUUUGGAUCCGGCAAGACUCAGAACCGGUUAAAUACACCUUUUAAUACCGAUUUAUUCUGGUUCCACUUUUCCUUCAAAACGCGAACGUAUUAGGAACCUUUGGCGUUAUUCAUAAAUGCUUGUCAAAUCUAACAAACUGUUGAUGAUCGUUUGUCCCUAUCCGUAAUUUUGACAUUUCUGUUUGUUAGAAAGAGACAAAAUUUAAAAGAGGUUUGUAAAAGGUUGCUAAGUUUUAUGAAUAAGUAUGUAAAUUAUUUUUUACUUAAAUUAACCGGUUCAUUUGAUAAACAGGGGAAACGGACGGUAGGUGGGUGCCAAUGGGUGGAAAGAGUUUUCGGCCGGCUGUUGUUUAUAACCACUUAAUUGGUUAAACCUAAAUAAAAACUAUAAAGAACGUUACUCUUGAAACCGGAUUAAAAAUAACGGUUUCAUAAUAAUAAUAACGAAAAAAUAUAUCAAAUAUAUAAUAAAUAAUGUUUGUAAAUUUAACCGUACCCGAGCCAUGGAUUGGUAUUCUGAAUCAGAGAGUAUGACAUGACAUGCAGUUUCGUUCGAUUAUUUAAUAAUGUGUGGUAAGUCACAAUUUAUUUAUCUGGAGUGCUAUGGGAAAAGGCCGAAUCCUCACAAUAAUUCAAUUCAAUUCAAAUAAUGACAACGGAAAGAGUAAUAUUAUUAUGUAAUGUAAUAUUCCUUUCUUUAAGCUAACUAAUUUAUCUACUGCCAGACUGUGGUGAUCUUUUAUAAAAUAAUAACAAUGUUUAAAGACUUAAAGCGAUUGUGAAAUGUCAUGUUCCGGUUUGUGUUACUCUUUUCGCUGUUAACGCAUUCACUGCCAGGGGCGUGGCCUAGGAACAAACUUGUAUGUCCGUGUUAAGGGGCCCGGAGUUGUUCGGAACUGUCAAAUUUUUGAUCUAACAGACAGGCCGAUAUCGUCCGGCGGACUAGUAAUGGGUGGGCCCCUUAAAAUAUUCUUCAUAAGGCUGUUAGCGAUUCUUUUCGCUUAAUUCUUACAUAGUGUUGACUUGCCUGUAGCAAUUGAACACUUAUGGCGUUAUUCAUAAAUGCGCUACAAGUCUCAUAGCUAUUAAUCGUUUGUCCUAAAUCUGUCAUUUUGCCUUAUGAAUUCGUAAGAAAGGGGUAAUACAUAUAUUAACUAAUAGAGGCUUGUACAUUUAUGAGUAAGAGGGUUAAUUUUUAUGACUAAAUAUAUGUGGGUCACAAAAUGUUCACAUUUUCGUAAGCAAUAAUUUUCGUACAUGAACCGAUCUAGUGCCCACUUUAGAAAGAAACACAAACUUUAUAUAUAAACACUAUUUAAUAAUCUUAUUUAAUAUGUAAAGUUAUAAUACAUAAUUUACAGUUGCUACGUAUCGAUAACAGCGGUGUUUAUGUUCAAUAGCAAAGAUUAAAUAAUUUUAUUAUAAAAAUAA